AGACACCAUUCUCUGUGGAUAGCAUUGGUUAAAUGAGCGCUCUCUACUCCAUUAGUUGUUGGCUCGGCACUGCUUCAUUUUCUACCACCACAUCCCUCGUGCUGUAGAAGAUGGGAGCUAUCAAAAUACGGUUGACAUAUGCUCGUGGUGGCCGAAGCCAUCGUGUCUGGCUCAAGCCUGCGCUGCAUGUGGCUUUGGCCUUCAUGGUGGUUCUCGGGCUGCUAAACAUGUUUUCAAGCUAUAAUGUGCAUCAGGAGCAGAUCCCUAAUUCUCUCCCUACAAUCCGAAAGGUCACAAUGCUCUAUGGUAAUAGAACAAUUUACGACAGGGCACUCAAGACACACGAAGCACAUUCCCGCAAAUAUGGAUACCCUAUGACUGUCUUGCGCAAAUCCAUCCUUGAGGGCCUUUGGACCAAACCCGCCAUCAUUUUAUCCACCCUCAUCGAGGAGAUGGGGAAGCCAGAAGAGCAACGAGCUCAGUGGCUCUUUUGGUUCGAUGCCGACACCAUCCUUAUGAACCCGAACAUACCCCUCGAGACAUUUCUUCCUCCCCCUCAUUUCUCUGAGACUCACCUCCUCCUGACCAAAGACUGGAAUGGCAUGAACAAUGGAGUUUUCUUUCUUCGCGUCCACCCAUGGUCCAUCCAAUUUCUUUCCGCUAUAGUUUCCUAUCCAGUCAUACAUCCCGAUGCCCACCUGUUAUGGGAGGACCAAUCUGUGAUGAAUCGCCUCAAAAAGGAACAUGAAUACUUUUCCCGUUCCAUGGUCUAUUGUCCGCUUCGAUGGUUCAAUGCAUACAAAAGAAAUCACAAUGCGACCGACAUCAACCUUAAAAAGCCCACGCAUUUCCAAAUACACCCUGGAGACAUCAUCGUCCACUUCCCUGGAACACCCGCCAACGAGUUGAAAAGUACUAUGCUGCCUUAUCUCGAGGUAGCCGAGUCUCAUGACCCGGAGUGGGAGUUAUCACUCGAACAAACGGGAUACCUACGAGAAACAGCGGAAUUUUGGGGCGACAUGUCUGAGUCUAACAACAAUAUGCUAUGAUUCUGAAUUGGGCAGGCCCCAUGAUAUUUCGUUAUAUAUAUCUGACUGUACAUUCAUUCCGAGGGCGUUUGGGGAUUGGUUGUCUCUACGAAGUAAUAUCAACGUUACUUAAUCAUCUG